AACCACCCCCACCCCCUUUUCACCAAUACCGGGUGAUGGGGCCCAACCAAAAGUUCCGGACCCGGCGAUUCGGGGCGUAUGACGGAUCCGAUUAGGCAAGGAAGAACGUUCCCGAUCCACAGGUUCCAGAGUUGGCACGUUGUCUUGCUCCAAUCCUUUGCUUUUGUGCUUGACUCGUACCCCGAUAAUUAUUUCACCCCCGCUCGCAAGAAGCGUGGCAGUCGUGCGAUGGUGCAGGUAGGAAAGAGGCACAAAAUUUAAUUGCUUUUUGUCGUAAUCUCUCUGUCUUCUGUUCUCUCCCCUUUCUUCUUCCAUGUGGUAAUACAUCUUUUGUUUCUUACCUACCUAAUCCAGACAGGUAGAUAGGUAAAUGCCUACAUUAUAGGUACCUAAGAUAGAUAGAGCAAACACAGUACAUAGAAUAUACAUGGAGAUACUUCACCAAUCCAACACCUCCACCACCCCUUCCCCCGAUGGCGGCUUCUUCUCCAACGGCAUCAUGCCGGACGCCGCGGCCUUCCCCCCCUGGCGCACCCUCAUCCCCACCGCCAUCAUCGCCUACCUAACCCUCGUGCAGCUCCUCCGCUUCCGCGCGCUCCGGGCCAUCGAGCACAAGUACGCCGCCUACCUCGCGGACCCGUACCGGCUCACCUACCAGCAGGCCGGCGAGAUCAUGCGGCUGCACCAGCUGCGCGACACCCCCUUCCUCUUCUACUUCGGCACGCAGUGGGCGCUCGUGAAGUCGUACGGCAUGGCGACCGGCACCCCCCUGCUCGUGCAGACGCGGCAGCUGUGCGACCGCCAGCGCGUCGGCAGGAGGGCAGAGGACACGGCGGUGCUGCUCAUCGAGCUGCUGAUCGGGGACCUGGACUCUGAGCGGGGCCGCGUCGCGACAGCGCGCCUCAACUGGCUGCACGCGCGGCACGGCGCGCGCAUCCGCGCGGGGGACUACGUGCACACGCUCGCGCUCUUCGUGCUCGAGCCCGCGCGCUGGAUCGACCGCUACGAGUGGCGGCCCCUGUCCCGCCUCGAGCGCGUCGCCUACCUCGUGUACUGGCGCGAGCUCGCGCGGCGCAUGGGCUUCGGGCCCCUCGUCCCCGACACGCUCGAGGCGCUCGAGCAGUGGAAGGCCGCCUACGAGGCCGAGCACAUGUACUUCAUCCCCGAGAACCGCAUCGUGGCCGAGGCCACGGUCGAGCUGUUCCUCCGCGGCGUCCCGGGGUUCCUCCACGGGCUUGCAAGGAGCCUGUUCGUCUCCUUCAUCGACGAGAAGCCCGUCCGCGACGCCCUGGGCUUCCCCGACCCCCCGGCGUGGGCGACGGCGCUGACGGCGGGGGGGUUCUGGGUGCGCGGGUUUGUGGUGCGGUAUUUUUUCCUGCCGCGCGCGGCGCCGCUUGAUCCGCUGGCGAGGAGGGCGGAGGAUGGGAGGUUGUAUCGGGACCCGAAGUAUGUGGGUUUCGAGCCGUGGUACGUGGCGGAUACGUGGUACAAUAGGCUGACGCUGUGGCUGUCGUCGGGGGGCAGGUCGAAGGGCCCGGGGGGCAAGGGGUAUGUACCCGAGGAGCUGGGGCCGGCGGGGUUCGAGAAGUUGGGGAGGGAGGAGGUGUUGAGGCAGGCGGAGGCGAUGAAGGGGUUUGUGGGGGGCGAGGGGUGUCCGCUGGGCUUUGGGCUGUGAGGUGGUGGUUGUCUGGCGUGGAUUGCCUGGGUACUUUACUACUGAGAUGUCUACCAAAUACAUAAACUGCCCAGGUAUAUAGGUUCACUCUCCCUCUAAGCAAUUGGAUACUCAAGGUACUAUUUUGAAAUGAAGUUGUCAUAUAAAUAUACUCUUACCGUAGCCCCUUUAUUUUCCUUCAUUUUGUCACGUCGAUGAUAACCUGACCGUUAAAAAAGAUGAGACCGAGACAUGGGAAUAGGGGUAUUUUGAGAAGAAU